UCCAUAAAAUCGAAAUCCUGUUUAUUUUUAUUUUAUAAAUAUUUCUAAAGGAAUAUUAUAUGUAAAAGUUCAUUGUAAUAAUAGUAGUUUAAGUGCAAGUUUUAAAAUAUUGUGGUCAGUGUACAGAAAAUUACUCGAAUAACGCUAAAGAAAACAAAUGAACAGCAGGUCACUACUAUCAAGUGAAGAAGAUAUUCUCAGCUCACCUUCCUCAGAUGACAAGAUGGACACAAGCUCCGAAUCAUUUCAGACAAACCAAGACACUCCUAAUUCCACACAAUCGGAGUUUGAGGACAGAGGAGAGGAGCUGCAAGUCCAGAAUCCCAAUGUCCUUCGCCUUUCUGAACCCGUGGGCAAUGCGUCUAAUAAAAUGGAAUUGAACGAUAGCCUUAUAACAAAGAUGUCCAAACUAACCGUCGAUUCGCCAGACAACAGACCCAGAAACCUCGGUAUCAGUCCGCCCAAGCUGAGCUCCACUCUGACUUCGACCACCAGUCACCCCCUGAUGAUUCUCAACAGUCCCGACGAGAAUUUCCCUGAUCUCAUACCAAAGAAAUCUCAAAAACUCGACGAGGAGAAAGAUUUAAGUCUGUCCAGCAUAGAGGACGAGAAGGCCAAUACUAACGGCUACGAAUUUUACACCCCGCAAAGGAACACGUCGAAAAAUAAUCUAUAUUAUUCGGAAAACUUUGUAACUGCGGACAGCAACAUACUCACCGAAUCUCUGAACACCCUGACCACCCCACCCGACGUCGCGAGGGUAGACCAAAGGGAAAGGCGGAAAAUAUCCGCGAGAUAUUUAGAUAAUCCAAAAGAUGUUACUCCACAGAAGAAUCUCAGCAUUUUCGAGGAUAACUCUAGUAGUGCCAUGAAGAAGUACCUGGAGAAAAAGAUUUCUAGUCAAAGUACUCCUAAGCCUGCAUUAAAUAUAUCAGAACCUGAGGAGUUUCAUUCAGGGGUCGCAGAUUGGUGUGAUUCUCCGUCCCAACUUCGAGCUAUGCCGAAUUUCGAUUUGCCAAUAGAAAUGUCUAGUAAUAUAACUGCACAUAAUGAUUUAGAUUCCCCUGACGUGGUGUCGUCGUCGACGGCGGAGGACAAGUCGGCGUAUCAGGCGCUGCUGGACCCGUACACGGGCUCCGUCGCCCUCAGACCCACUGGACACAAGCCCCCGCCGCCACGGAGAAAAGUUCAGGUGCCGCAAGAAGAGGACAGCUGCAGCCUGGACAGCGUCAGCGGGUGCUCCAUGGAGUCGGAGGACGAGCCGCCGCCCCCCGCGCCCCCAGCCCCCUCUACGGACCCGCACAGCGACGACGACACUAAAAGGUCAAAGUCAACAAUGACGCUAAGCGAGUGCAGCGACCCGAUCCCAGAGUAUUCGGCUGCGGAGGAGCUGCAGGACGAGCGGGCCUGGCUCACCGUCAAGCACGGCGGCAGACAGUCCAAAUGCGACAUGAAGGUGAUCGAGGAGUUCAAGCGCGUGGUGUCACACGGCGGGUACGACGCGGGCGGCGCCGCGCUCAUCGUGUUCAGCGCCUGCCACCUGCCCGACACCGCCCGCCCCGACUACCGCUACGUCAUGGACAACCUCUUCCUGUACGUGAUCUGGAGCCUGGAGCGGCUGGUGACGGAGGAGUACGUGCUGGUGUACCUGCACGGCAGCGCCGGCCGCCGCCGCCUGCCCAGCGCCGCCUGGCUGCACGAGUGCUACAAGCUCAUCGACCGCAGAUUGAGGAAAAGUCUGAAACAUCUGUACCUGGUGCACCCGACGUUCUGGUUGAAGUCAUUCGUCAUCAUCACUAAGCCGUUUGUUAGUUCAAAAUUCUUCCGCAAACUGAGCUACGUGAAGAGCCUAGCGGAGUUGUACGAGAGAGUCCCCGUCGAGCCCAACGCCAUACCAGAGAUCGUCAAACAGUACGACGCGCGCCGAUAGGGUCCACACACAUUUAAACAAUCAGUGACGUCAAUAACGUCACGUCAUAACGACCUGAGUUUCGCCUAUCUUACAGACACUUGCCUCAAAGGAGUUCCUAACUGACCCCUCGAAAAGACUCAAAAAAUACAUCUGAGCAGAUACAGAAUAAAUGUGUACGAAACUGAAUUUUAACGUAUAGGCAGCCGUGGGGAUGUAUGAAAGUUUUUGAACUAAGUGUGAGAAUUUAGUAACUUCUCGUGAAUAUAAAUUAUACCAUCUACUUAUAUAAAACUCUAUAAAAAGAGUGUUCAUGUUAUCCUGGGAUCUCACUUCUCAGCGAUGUUCCGUGAUUGCAUUUAAUGUUGCCAACUUACAAAAUUAGAUAAUAAUAAAUUAUAUUUACUGAAGUUCUACAAAAAUAAUUCUUAUAGUGGGUUGGCAACAUCUGCUAACGCGUAGAAACACUGUAAAAUUGUCAUAGACAAUAAUAUUAUGCACUAGUAAAAUACUUUUACACGGACAUAGAGCAAUAAACUUUCUAUUAUUGCGUUUAUAUUUGAAUAUGAAUAAAAUAAUUUCUCAUAUUUAAAUACCUAUGUUCGCAAAAAUGGAAUGCGUUGCGCAUAUUUUUCUUAUUAACAUGUAAGUAGAAUUCUAUAGUACGCACAUGUGUUAAGACACAAAUAGACGAAGCCGCCACUUUUUUACCUUUGUAAUUAGUUUGAAAUUUUUAAAUAUAAUGUGCAACUCAGGAUAUAGGCUGUGCAACUGUAAGUCAUAUCGUCACUAGUAGCUUACAAGUAGGCCGUUAGCUUUUCUACCUUAGUUUACGCUCAACGAGUACCUAAAUCUCAUUUUAUAUCAAAUUUACUAAAUACUAAAAUUACAUUGUAAGCACAACUAUAUGAUAAGGUAUGUUAGUUAAAGUUCGAAAUAUGUACGGUGGAUUUGCGUUGUGUGUUUCGCAUGAAUGUUUUUCUUUUUUUAAUAUGGCGUCUUGAAGUGUAACGUCCACUGUAUGUUUUGAAACUUUAAACAUUGCCAAUGUUAAUGUUCCAAAAACUUGCCUACAAAAUUCUACUUGUAUUUUUCACCUAUUUCUACAGUAUUAUAUUUUUAUUAUGAUUGUAAUGUAUUGAA